AUGCCGCAGAAUGAGUAUAUGGAACGCCAUCGCAAGCUGUAUGGCCGGCGAUUGGAUUAUGAGGAGCGGAAACGCAAGAAGGAAGCCCGUCUUCCCAAGGAGCGUGCACGCAAGGCCCGCAAGUUACGCGGCAUCAAGGCCAAGCUCUUCAACAAGGAGCGGCGAAAUGAGAAGAUCCAGAUCAAGAAGAAAAUCCAAGCCCACGAGGAGAAGAAGGUUAAGAAGCAGGAGGAGAAGGUUGAGGAUGGAGCCCUGCCCCACUAUCUGCUGGACCGUGGCAUCCAGUCCAGCGCCAAGGUGCUGUCAAACAUGAUUAAGCAGAAGCGCAAGGAAAAGGCUGGCAAAUGGGACGUGCCCAUUCCCAAAGUACGCGCACAGUCUGACGCGGAAGUGUUCAAGGUGCUGAAGACAGGAAAGACGAAGAGGAAGGCCUGGAAACGCAUGGUUACCAAAGUCACAUUCGUCGGCGAGAACUUCACCAGGAAGCCUCCGAAGUUCGAGCGAUUCAUCAGACCAAUGGGAUUGCGCAUGAAGAAAGCCCACGUGACGCACCCCGAACUGAAAGCUACAUUCAACCUACCUAUUAUUGGGGUAAAGAAGAACCCCAGCUCUCCAAUGUUUACGUCGCUGGGAGUGAUCACAAAGGGAACAGUGAUUGAAGUCAACAUUUCCGAACUUGGUCUUGUGACGCAAACAGGAAAAGUGGUUUGGGGAAAAUACGCCCAGGUCACAAAUAAUCCAGAGAACGACGGCGUCAUCAAUGCAGUGCUGCUUGUUUAACCUUCAAAUAAUUCUCCCUACUUUUAAGCUUGCGACUAAAUAAACAACAAUUAUAACUAUAAAA